AUGGCAAACAUCUGGCUUGACAUCUCCUCUACAAAGUCCGAUUGCAUAUACUUGGUCAGGGUUUUGACCAUAAGACGAAUUGUAGAACCCGUAGUCAUGAUUUCAGUGUUGGAGGAGAGACAGGAGAGGAGAUUCGGCCUACCAUUGGACCCAUCACUAGUCUUCCUGUCUGCCAUAUGCAUUCUCAUUGCACCAACCAUUGUUCGGCCACAGCAAAAUCUUAAUUUCUAUCUUAACCAUAAGUGCUCAGAUCAGCAGGGUAGCUAUACCAGUGGCAGUACCUACAAGGCAAACCUCGAUCAACUCUUCUCCCCCCUCUCCUCCAACAGCAUUGACAUUGACAACGGGUUCUAUAAUUCGUCUUUUGGGGAAAGCCCUGACAAAGUAUAUGGAAUUGCACUUUGCAGAGGAGAUUUGAAGCCUGAUGAAUGCCGUAAUUGCCUCAAUAUCUCUAAAGAUAAUCUCACACUAGAGCGUUGUCCCAAUGAGAAGGAAGCAAUAGUAUGGUUUAAUGAGUGCAUGUUGCGCUACUCAAGCCGCAACAUAUUUAGCACCAUGGAUGAUACUCUUGAAUUUCCUUGGAUGAGCGACAAUAGGGUAUCAGACGAUGAGAAGGUUCAGUUCAGUAAGGACCUCCGGAACUUUUUGCAAAACCUAAGUGGUCGAGCUGCAGCAGGUGGCUCUCUCCGUAAGUUUGCAGCAGGAAAUGCAUCAGCCCCAAGAUCCCAAACACUAUAUGGACUGGUUCAGUGCACACCUGAUUUGUCUGAGCAAGAUUGCAGUCGAUGCUUGAGUGGGGCUAUUGAUAAUUUCUUGAAGUCUUAUGCUGACAGAUUAGGUGGGAGAAUUCUUAGACCCAGCUGUAAUUUUCGGUAUGAGAACUCCAGCUUCUUGGACCCCCCAGCUUAUGCACCACCACCACCGGCAACGCUAUUGCCACCCCCAACAACGCCACCGCCACCACCGCCUGAAGCAAGCAAUGCACACAAGGCUGUAAAUCAAAUUCUCUUUGGGCUUGCAUUGAUGAUUAUGGGAUAUGGAUUAUAGGUUUCAAAUAUUUAGGGUUUUAAUUAUGUAUUUGGAUUUGAAUUCUGUAAUAGGUAUGCAUUUGAAUUUUGCAUUAUGUAAGCUAGUAGACUGUUGUUGUGAAAAAUUUGAAUUUGGAUUUGGAUUUGGAUUUGGAUUUUGGAUUUUGGAUUUUGGAUUUUAGAUUUGGAUUUGGAUUUGGAUUUGGAUUUGGA